CGCUGAAUAGUAGCCGGACCUGUAUACGCUCGCGUGCCGCUCUCCUGGACAUACCCAUCAUCCAUUAUGCCCCGCAGGAUACUCAUUGGCUUUGGCGUCGACGUGGACGCCGUCGCCGGAUGGCUCGGCUCAUACGGAGGCGAAGACUCUCCGUUGGACAUUUCCAGGGGGAUGUAUGCGGGUGAAGUAGGCGUGCCUCGCCUGCUCAAGCUCUUCAAGAAGUACAAUAUAAAGACGACUUGGUUUAUUCCUGGACACAGCCUGGAGACCUUUCCAGAACAGAUGGCUGCUGUUCGGGACGCGGGCCAUGAGAUAGGACUUCACGGCUAUUCGCACGAGAAUCCCGUAUCGUUGACAGUUCAACAGCAAAAGGACAUCCUUGACUACACCUAUGAUUUGUUGACGAAAUUCAACAAUGGGAUACCACCCAAAGGAAGUGUCGCGCCAUGGUGGGAGACGAGCGCGGAAGGUACAGAUUUACUCCUCGACAAGGGUAUCGAAUAUGAUCACUCGAAUAUGGCUCAUGACUCCCAGGCAUACUACCUGCGUGAUCAGGACAUCUGGACCAAGAUCGACUAUAAGGCCGAAGCGCAUACUUGGAUGAAGCCCUUGGUUCGCGGCAAAGAAACAGGUAUCGUCGAGUUGCCCGGCAACUGGUACCUCGAUGAUCUUCCUCCGAUGAUGUUCAUCAAAUCUAGUUCCAACUCCCACGGCUGGGUCAACGCACGCGACGUCGAGCAGCUCUGGAAGGAUACUUUUACAUACCUAUACAGAGAGGAAGAGAACUUCAUCUUCCCGAUCACUAUCCAUCCGGACGUCAGCGGCCGCCCUCACGUUCUCCUGAUGCUUGAGCGCUUCAUCGAAUGGGUCAACAUCCACAAGGACGUUCACUGGGUAUGCAUGGCGGACAUGGCGCGAGAGUUCCGCGAGCGCAACCCUCCACCAGCAGGUGCUCGCAUGCCCAAGGGCAUGGAGAUCAAGUCUUGAGCUUAAGGGGAAAUGUGGCCAAACUUGUUGGGUUGUCGGCUUUUUGCUGGAGGGCACUUGGGUCUGACGGCGUAGUCAAGUGCUCAAAACCCAUGUAUUCCAUAUGUCUCGUAAUCUGUCUUCAACACUGGGUUAGGAACACGUGUCUAGCUCAGCGGCACAGUCGAAACCGAUCGCAAUCUUCGAUCGAGUGGCGCAAGAGCUCGCUCUCAACCUCACCAGCAUCCUAUAGCCAGUCCUUGUCGA